AUGAAUCACUUUGCAAUAGGAUGCUUAAGCACCACGUCAAGACUCAGGAAUGUGAGUGAGGUUGCAACGGAAAGUAAUCAGUUUUUUGUAGACUCUGUAAACACAGAACUUAAAAAUCGGGUUUGGAUACAGCAAAUUAAGAUAGGUAAUAAUGUUAUAAGCUUUAAAGUAGAUACAGAAGCUAAUUGUAACAUAAUUCCUUGGACAAUAUUUAAAAAUUUAGAAUUUAAGAAACAGCCACACUGGAUUUCUACAUUAACUAUUGUAGUGAGCUACACCAAUGAUAAAUGUAAGUCGCUAGGGACAGCAAUACUACAUUAUAGUGCAGAUAAUAAGAUGUUUAAGGUUAAAUUCAUCAUAGUUGACGUUGAGAGCAUGCCCAUAUUAGGACUAAAUACGUGCGUUAAAUUAAAAUUAAUUAAGAAAGAAGACAUAGAUAUAAGGGUUUGUAACACAAUAACAGAAGAAAUUAAUAUGUCAAAACAGGAGUUUAUAGCUGCUAAUGAGAAAAUAUUUCAGGGAUUAGGGUCCUAUCCUUACAAGUAUGAAAUAAAAUUAAAAGAGCACGCAGUGCCGGUGGUCAGCCCUUGUAGAAGAGUAUCCUUCAGUAUAAAGGAUAGAUUAAAAAGCACUUUAGAUAGUUUAGAAGGAGCAGGGAUAAUAAAAAAGGUGAAUUAUACUACAGAUUGGGUCAAUAAUAUGGUCAUAAUAGAAAAACCAAACAAAACAUUAAGAAUUUGUUUGGAUCCAAGGCAACAUAAUAAGAGCAUAAAACCGGAAAAAUUUCCAAUACCCACGGCUGAUGAAUUGUGCAAUAGGUUGGCAGGUAAAGAAGUUUAUUCAGUGUUGGAUAUGAAAGACGGAUUUGAUCAGGUAAAACUAACAGAAAAGAGUUCAGAGGUAUGUACCUUCAUAACACCUUUUGGUAAAUAUAAGUACACAAGACUGUCAUUUGACUUGUCAACCGCGCCGAAGGUAUUCCAAAGAGUGAACACUAUAAUAUUUGGUGACAUAGAAGAUGUAGGUAUCUAUUUUGAUGACCUUAUUAUUGUUGCUAAGAAUGGAAAAGAUCAUGACAAGAUUAUGCAGUUAGUUUUGGAAAGAGCUAAUAAAUACAAUGUUAGAUUCAAUAAGAAUAAACUUCAAUAUAAGACUAACGAAGUUAAAUAUUUAGGAUUUAUAUUUAAUAAAGAUGGAGUAAAACCGGAUCGAUCUCAUGUAGAAGCAAUACUGAAACUAAAACAACCUACUAAUAAAAAGGAGUUGUUGAGGAUAUUGGGUAUGAUAAAUUUUCUGUCAAAGUUCAUUUCCAAUGUGUCUCAACUAACAAACUGUCUUAGAGAUUUAACAAAGAAGAACAUAGUUGGCAAUGGGGACCAGAACACUGUGAGACAUUAG